GAACACACACACACACACACAUGCCCGACCCCUUGGACACGUCCCGCAGCGACAACGAGUGCCUUUCACUUUCCACUGACGUGCUGAUCUAAAUUUAGUUUUUUUUAAUCCGUCACUCAUCACCUUAGAAGAACGCACUGGAGCCACUGUUCGUGGAAGCGUAAAUGUCUUUCCUCAUAGUCUAACAAGGCUAUUUUUAGCGGCUGGUAUUAUUUGGCGCCCUACCACCUCGUUAUUGUUUCAAAAUGAAGCCGUAUGCAGCUUCUUAAGCGUUAUAUUUAAGUGCGAUCCCAGUAUCACACAUAGCUUAUUCUCGUCAGCUCAAUUGCUUUGCAGUUUGAAUUAGAAGGUUAGAAUUUUAGAUCACUUCUCAAAUGAGUGGCUUUCAACUUUUGCUGCAAAGAAAGACAAGCGCCUAACUGGAUCCAAAAUAGCUUAAGCUUUACGUAUGUUGUCACAUUCAAAAUUGUUGUAAAACCUAAUUAGUAUACUUCAUUUAAAUAAAGGGAAAAAUGUCCUGCAGAAAUAGCUGUUAUCCAUAAACUCUUAUUUCGGGUUUCAGGUUUUUUGUCUUACUAUAGGUUACUUCAUGAUAUGUUGCUUAAAGGUUGUUUUUGUUUGUUUGUUUGUUUUACAACAACCUAAUUUGUUAGAAAGAGAGUUUGCGUGUAUAUAACUCGAACUGUUAAACUGUUUUCCUUUUGUCGAGUUCCCACUUCCCAAUAAUGGUUAUCUAUUUAUCCACCACUGUCACGAAGCUUGAAAUUUGCCCGACAGUCAAAAAUCACCUGUUGUAGAUUUGCUUAUGCCUACCUCCCGUCCGCGAGGGGCUAAAAGGCGGGGCAGGGUUCCGCCCAUGCUAUAAAUGCGAAGAAUCGGAUUCUAAAACAGCCAAUCGCCACUUUCUGCGAAGACCGGCUUCGCUGAAGUACGGCGACUGCUUGCUUGCACUCCCGUCUCUUACCGCAAAACAGCCUAAGCAGCGUCGAAAGCGUUAAAAACAGCCGGGUAAAUUUCGUUGAAAGGCGCCUCCCUUUUUGAUGACCGACUGCUACUGCUGUGGUGCGCUUUAAAUAGCAGGUGUUUUAUAUUGUGAGCAUAUAUCGAGUCUGUUUUAACGCAGUGAGCAGUCCACACACAAUGUCAGCCACCGGCACAGAGACGAGCGCCCAGCUCCCUCCACCCGCGGGGAGAGUUUUUUUCCAGGCGGCUACCGGUGGAGGCUGCGCGGGGACCGGACCGGUGCCACGGGAUGAUCCGGUCCAGAAGAAACAAGGGAAAGUCACCGUGAAAUACGACAGGAAGGAACUGAGGAAAAGGCUAAUCCUAGAAGAGUGGAUCAUUGAGCAACUUAGCGAGCUGUAUGACUGCGAGGAGGAGGAGAUGCCAGAGGUGGAGAUCGACAUCGACGACCUCCUGGAGGUGAACGGCGAGGACGAGAGGGCUACCAAACUGCAGGAGUCCCUGAUGGACUGCUACAAACCCACAGAUGACUUCGUCAAGGAGCUCCUGGGCCGGAUACGGGGAAUGCGGAAGCUGAGCGCCCCCCAGAAGAAGCCGCUAUAAUGGCCGCCGCGGCGCAGGCCGUUAGCCGCGAGCCGUUAGCCGCGAGCUCCACGUCUCUCACGCGCAGCGGGCUCCUGCCUCUGGGUCCUCACGUUUUGAGUUCGGGGUUUUUCCCGCCUUUUUUUAUUUUUUAUUUUUUGUGAUCGACAGUGAUCGAGGAAAUGUUUGUAUUUAAAUGUAGAAACAAAAAAACUGAAACUGAAGGAGAAAAAAAAAUGGCCGCUACUCGAAGGACGUGUUUGUUUUUUUUCCGUUUGUUCGUUAGUUUUUUUUUAAAAUGGUGUUUUUCAGAUUUUAAAGAUUAGAACCGGUUUUGUUUUUGCCAAUAGGUUGAUAUUUAAAGCCUCACAGCUUGGAUUUCUUUGUCCCCCCCCCCCCCCGGAUUAAUCUGUCACUCUGUUACACACUAUUACACACUGACCCCGAGGCGAGUGUGUUUGCAAAGAGAAGGGGGGGGGGGUAAAGGACAUCAUCGGAGGGCUUUUAAAUGUAUAACAACCAAAAACUUAGUGGCCAAUCACAACUGAGCGGUUAACAAUCGAGAACACCAUUCAACCAUGUCAUAUUGAACGUUCUUUGUUUCUCUCUAGAUGCAUAUCACUUCCACUAUUUUACCACAACAGUAUGUAGAGAACCGUUUGUGUAAGAAUUGUUUGUUUUUUUGUAAUUUUAGUCCCCAAAAGCCCUUUUUGAAUUCUCAGUGAAGCCAUUAUUAACAAAUGAACAUACUUAAAAAAAACAUUUAACAUGAAACAGCUAAUGGCUGCAACUGCUUUUUUGGCCAUUUUCCCAAAAGCUCCCUCUAGUGUGCACUGUUGUUACUACAUGAGCUAUUCACUUAGCGAACCUGUUGAACCCUGCAGACCCAGGUUAUAAUGUGGUCAGACCACAGAAAUCUCAGCCUUGGGCUGUCACUUAGAACAAGGCAUGGUGGGCACUAUAGCCCAGCGUGUGGCCGUGAAGCCUGUGUGAUAAGCGCUUUUAAAACUUCAAGUCUUUCAGUAUGACCGUUUUCACGACGGGUCCAUAGUGUAUGUUACCCGUGUUAUUAUUUUGAAGUUCAGUUUGCAGUCCGUGUAACACCGCACCUCGGGUACCGUUACUGAGAAUCCGAACGUAAAUUUAAGUCGCCGUCUUAUUCUCGUACGAUGUAGCUAGUUCUAACGGUUUUUAUUUAUGUAGACUUAAGAAACGACCGCACCUUUUUUUGUCUGCGCUUGACUCAAGCACAAUUACACAAACAAAUCGUAGUGACAUUUUUUUUUUUUUUUUUUGAAAGUUCACAAACCUCUAGAGCUCUACACCUCAUUUGCAUCUGUUGGUCCGUCUAGGGGACGUUUGAACGUGUCGGAAAUUACGGGGCUGUCACGACAGGUGACAAACAGAAUGAGAAUUUUGAAUUUCAACUAAUGAAGCUGGACACAACCGUUCCAUUUUGUUUUUGUUUUUUUGUUGUUUAUUUGAAGCUGUUACAAUUAUAUCACUUCAGGUUAUAAAGUUGUUGACUGUACAAAAUACUACGAAAGUGAAGUGUAGUUUUUUAAGGAGUUGGCAAAAGCUGUUACAGGGACAAUAUUGUUUCAGAAUAGAUCUGUGGCUGUUGGUUGCAUUUUCUCCACCAUAUUGUUCUCAAGCGGCCAAAGAAAAUGCCAUUUCUUUCAUGAAGCACUGGGUAUAACUGAACAAGAGUGUGUUAGAAGGAAGGGUAUGCUGGCUAGCUUAAGCUAAGAGAAGUGUCUGUUUUUUUCAUGCCUGUCUGGCAGUACAUCUGUUUAUACUUAGUUACUCAAUACCUUUUUAGAAAACCAGGAAAAAUAUAUGGUGCUGUUUUUGCUUUUUUUUUAAUAGAUUUUUUUCCCCCCAAAUACCAGUUGUUUCCAGGGCAUCCACUGCUCGUAGACUGUGUUAUUGACAAUAUAAAUGUAGAUCUCUUUAAUAUUUCCUCUGGUAAAAAUAUUCAGGUAUGUUCAUUUACUGUAUGAAGAGUUUCUAUUCAGGGCUAUUGAGUGGUUUUAAAAUUGAUGUAAGUAUUUUGAGAGAUGGUAACGUGUGAAAGUUUUCAAACCGCAUGGAUUAAGUGUCACGAAAGAAAUAUAUAAAGACCCAGCUUUUUAUUUAAACUGCUUUUUCCUUUUUAUACUUUAUUAAAGAAACACACAGAGUCUGCAGAAUUUCUUUUCCAUACAUCUGCAAGCAUUUGUUUUUAUUUUAUAAAAAUGUAACGUGUGGUAAUUGAGUUGUUUUGCUGACAAUAAAGCAGAAUGACUAAUCUGUUUUAAAUAAAAAGUGUGCUGUU